GUCUGAUAUUACGAUAAUCUGCUGAAAACUCGGCGGCUUCGUUCUGAAUUGGGCAAGUAGACUACGGAUAGCUGUGGACGCCGCUCUAGGAUUGGAGUACUUGCACACAGGAUGCAAGCCCCCAAUGGUUCAUCGAGAUGUCAAAAGUACAAAUAUACUACUCGAUGAGCAUUUCCUGGCCAAGCUCGCGGAUUUUGGCCUCUCCAAAUCUUUCCCCGUCGGAAGCGAAUCUCAUCUGUCCACCGUUGUCGCAGGCACACCUGGAUACUUAGAUCCCGAAUACUAUCAUACGAAGUGGUUGAGCGAGAAGAGUGAUGUAUACAGCUUCGGGAUCGUACUGCUGGAAAUCAUCACGAACCGACCUGUGAUCGAUCAAACCCAUCAGAGGCCUCACAUAGCUGAAUGGGUAGGGCAUAUGCUUACAAGAGGGGAUAUAAAAAAUAUAACGGAUCCGAACCUGCAAGGGAACUACGACAGUGGCUCAGUUUGGAAAGCAGUUGAACUCGCAAUGUCAUGCGUGAAUCCAUCAGCAGCAGGGAGACCAAACAUGUCUUCGGCCGUUCAAGAACUAAAAGAGUGUCUGAAAUCUGAAAACUCGAGAGCAGGAGGGAGUAGAGGCACGGAGUCCAAGAGUUCUGUGGAACUAAGCACGGAGUUUACCACUGAACUUUUCCCCAAGCCACGUUAGUCUUCUGUUCCAGGAACUCGGGAACCGGACAUGCUUAGCUCAAGUGGGUUUUUUUAUAUAUA